UUCUGCGCUUUUCCUUCAGCUGGCGUUUGUAAAUCGCUUUGCGACUUUCCGGUCUGCUUUUGGAGUGCUAAUCCGAACUCGAUUGAGGGGCUCGAGGUUGAAGACAAAGUUAGGGCGGGUGAGAAUGUCUGAGGGGAGAGAUCCGGCGAUCAAGCUGUUUGGGAGGAAGAUCCCGUUACAGGAGGGGCAGACACGGAUGGAUGAAGGGGAUGUAGCCGAUUCGGGUUCGGCGGCAGAGCCACCGCCGCCGCCGUUGGAGGAGAAGGAUACAUGCAAAGAAAAAGCAAAAAUUGAAGUCGCUAAUAAGCUGGGUGCGCCAGGGGAGCUGGACCCAAAGAAGGCACUUGACUCCUCUGUUUUGAACAAUUCUUCUGUAGUUGUCGAAGAAUCUUCAACAGAGUCCGCAAAACCAGUUGAAGAAACACAGCCUGAACAGGAUCACAAAGAGGCUGACAUUGCAGGUCAAGAUAAGCUUCUCAAGAAGCCAGACAAGCUUCUUCCAUGUCCUCGCUGCAACAGUAUGGACACCAAGUUCUGUUAUUACAAUAAUUACAAUGUCAACCAACCAAGACACUUCUGUAAGAACUGUCAAAGAUAUUGGACCGCAGGAGGAUCAAUGAGGAAUGUUCCUGUGGGUGCUGGAAGGCGAAAAAACAAACACACUGGAUCAGGCUACCGUCAUACAGUGAUUACACCUGAUUCAUUGCCAUCAGUUCAAGUAGAUGGUCCUGAUCUAAUUGAUCCUAAACCCUUGUCGCCCUUCAAGGUUAAUGGCACUAUACUAAAGUUUGGACCAGAAGCUCCUCUCUGUGAUUCCAUGGCUUCCAUACUAAACCUUGGAGAGCAGAACUUAGCUUCACAGCUGGACUUUACUACCGGUGCGGAGAACAGAGAGGAAACUUCAUGCUCAUCAGCCUGUAAGCCCAAAGAAAAUGGUUUCCCUGAAAAAACACAACAAAAUCCCAUGAAUUCAUACUGUAAUGGAAUUACACCUUUGCCUCAAAUACAAUAUUUCCCAGGGCCUCCUUGGGCAAGUCACUGGAAUCCAGGAUGGAACAAUUUUGCUGCUGCCAUGGCAGCAACUGGGUGCUCUCCUGAACUUCUUCCUGUUCAAGACAAUGGCAUUCUUUGGCAUCAACCGGCAUUGAUUACUUCUUCUUUCUGUCCUCAUCCUCCUCUUCCAUUUCCAUUCAUAUCUCCUUCAUUUUGGGGUUGGACUGGAGGACCAUGGAAUCUACCAUGGCUAGGAAGUAGUAAUGGAGUAUCACUGUCAUCCUCCAAAAGCACCAGUUACUGUUCAGGAAAUGGUUCUCCAACCUUAGGCAAGCAUUCCAGGGAGGAGAAGACAGAGAAGUCCCUGUGGAUUCCCAAGACCCUGAGAAUCGACGACCCAGAUGAAGCUGCAAAGAGCUCAAUUUUCGCUACUCUCGGCAUCAAACAUGAUGAAGUUAGUAAGUUCAAAGCUUUCUCAUCCAGUAAUGGAAAUGGAAAGGGAGAUUCUUCAAAGACCGCACUAGCAUUGCAUGCCAAUCCAGCUGCACUGUCUCGAUCUCGAUCUUUUCAGGAGAUUAUAUCAUAAGCUGUUACUGCUUAGAUCUGAAAAUUAUGUUCUGUAAUUGUAGAUAGAGCUAUCUUCAGCUUCAGUAAGGAAGCUAUUCUGAGUUGUUUUUGGACGAUCAAAAGCUCCCAUGGAAUGGCUGAGACCUUUCUGCUGUUCUCUGCAAUUUUGGAUGUAGUUAUGCUGUAAAUUAUGAUAAUAAUGUUCCAUAAUUCUGUCUGAUGCCAUGGCUUGCAAUAAUAAUGUUUUUUUUUUUUUGUUUUAA